ACAACAAGGGAGGGCGCCCAGAGCAUCACCAAGCUGCUCCCCUGCCCCGCGCCUUGGGCCUCCUCCGCUGGGAAUAUACAGAUGUCAGAAACUGAGCUGGAAAAGAUAAAAGUAAGAACAGCUGAGCAUUUUGAAAAUGAUAAAAAUAACAUUUCUUGGUUAAAGGAAGGGUUAUCCAGCUCACUUCAAAAUCCUCUUGGAGAUUCUGAUAUGCAACUCACAAAUGAAAAGCAUGCAGACGAGAAACCCAUUAAUGCUAUCAUUAUAAAUUCAGUAUCCGAAUUCAAUAUCACAGAUGGACCAGCCAAGGAAACCCCCGGUGAGAAAAAACUGUCAGAAUUCAGCACAUCACUGUCCUCCCUUGAAGAAUGCCAAACGAAAUUUUCCUACCUCCAAACUGAUACUUCAGUUCAUCAGAGAGACACUGAUGGUAUCACCACACCUCGGAUGAAAGCCACCCUCGGAAUGACUGCAACUGCAACUGUGACGUGGACUGCAGCCUGUUUGAAUCUUGCCACGAGACCAGCGACUGUCUGGAGUUGGCCAUGGAGAUUUCAGAAAUCUGUUAUCGCUAGCACAGCGAAGUUAACCACGCCCCGGCAGACCCUUUGGCCCCACGGGGACUGUGAUUUCUAUGUGCUGAAAUGUAAGGAUUGUACACCUUUCUUGGACGCUCUCGAACCAUUUUAUUCUGCACCUGUCUGACAAAGGUAGUCAACUCGAUGGUGUUAUUCCAAAUUUCACGACCGCAUGGCUUGCUGAAAAAAUAUCUUGGUCAUGUGUGAUGAACAAAUCUUAAAUACCUCUUAAAUGCCCUAAGUACUAGGUAUUUCUUGACUGUAAGAAAAGCAUGCUAAACCACUCUGUGCUACUGCGUUCAUUGGCUUGCAUCACGGAUCCAACUUCAUUCACAAAUUCAGGACAAAUUAGAGCAUUCCUUUAGAAUUGACAUACAUUAGCUUGUCUUUGUAAUGGCCUCAUGCAUAAACAUUAUGCAUUGUUGGUUAUUAUUAAUAAUGUAUUGUAUAACAUCAUUUUGUAAUUAAAAAUUUAUUUAUACAGUCUCUUAAAAUUCACUUAUAUGUACAG